AUGAUUAAUCUUCUGCUUCCAGAAGAAAUCGAAGAAUUUCUUGGGAAUCCUACAAGAUCCGUUCGUUCUUUUUUCUCUGACAGAUGGUCAGAAUUUCAUCUGGGUUCGAAUCCUACUGAGAGGUCCACUAGAGAUCUUUCUUUUCUCAGGCCAUCAGAAAAUAAAGAAAUGGUUAAUCUAUUCAAGAUAAUUACAUAUUUACAAAAUACCGUCUCAAUUCAUCCUAUUUCAUCAGAUUCGGGAUGUGAUAUGGUUCCGAAGGAUGAACCGAAUAUGGACAGUUCCAACAAGAUUUCAUUCUUGAACAAAAAUCCAUUUUUUGAUUUAUUUCAUCUAUUCCAUGACCGGAACAGGGGAGGAUACACGUUACACCACGAUUUUGAAUCAGAAGAGAGAUUUCAAGAACUGGCAGAUUUAUUCACUCUAUCAAUAACCGAGCCGGAUCUGGUGUAUCAUAAGAGAUUUGCCUUUUCUAUUGAUUCCUAUGGAUUGGAUCCAAAACAAUUCUUGAAUGGGGUAUUCAACUCCAAGUAUGAAUGGAAAACGACAUCUUUAUUGGUUUUAUUGGUUCUACUUCCUAUUUUUUAUGAAGAGAAUGAAUCUUUUUAUCGAAGGAUCAGAAAAAAAAGGGCCUGGAUCUCCUGCAGGAAUGAUUUGGAAGAGCCAAAACCAAAAAUAGCGGUAUUUGCUAGCAACAACAUAAUGGAGGAAGCCAAUCAAUAUAGAUUGAUCCGAAAUCUGAUUCAAAUCCAACAUAGCACCCAUAGUUUCGGGAAUAUCCCGAUUCAUAGGUUCGAGAUCUACAUCUAUGAAUUGAAAGGUCCGAAUGAUCCACAGUUUUUAGAAUCAAUAGGUCUUCAAAUCGUUCAUUUGAAAAAAUUGAAACCCUUCUUAUUGGAUGAUCAUGAGACUUGCCAAAAAUCUAAAUUCUUGAUCAAUGGAGGAACAAUAUCACCAUUUUUGUUCAAUAAGAUACCAAAGUGGAUGAUUGACUCAUUCCAUACUAGAAAUAAUCACAGGAAAUCCUUUGAUAACACGGAUUCCUAUUUCUCAAUGAUAUUCCACGAUCAAUACAAUUGGCUGAAUCCCGUGAAAUCAUUUCAUAGAAGUUCAUUGAGAUCUUCUUUUUAUAAAGCAAAUCAACUUCGAUUCUUGAAUAAUCCACAUCACUUUUGCUUCUAUUGUAACAAAAGAUUCCCCUUUUAUGUGGAAAAGGCUUUUCCACAAAGUGGUGACGAAACGUAUAACUUGUACAAAUCUUUCCAUUUUCCAAGUCGAUCCAAUCCAUUCGUUCGUAGAGCUAUUUACUCGAUCGCAGAAAUUUCUGGAACACCUCUAACAGAGGGACAAAUAGUCAAUUUUGAAAGAACUUAUUGUCAACCUCUUUCAGAUAUGAAUCUAUCUGAUUCAGAAGGGAAGAACUUGUAUCAGUAUCUCAAUUUCAAUUCAAACAUGGGUUUGAUUCACACUCCAUGUUAUGAGAAAUAUUUACCAUCCGAAAAGAGGAAAAAACGGAGUCUUUGUCUAAUGAAAUGCGUUGAGAAAGGGCACAUGUAUAGAACUUUUCAACGAGAUAGUGCUUAUUCAACUCUCUCAAAAUGGAAUCUAUUCCAAACAUAUAUGCCAUGGUUCCUUACUUCGACAGGGUACAGAUAUCUAAAGUUUUUCUUUUUAGAUACUUUUUCAGACCUAUUGUCGAUACUAAGUAGCAGUCAAAAAUUUGUAUCCAUUUUUCAUGAUAUUAUGCAUGAAUCAAAUAUAUCAUGGCGAAUUCUUCAGAAAAAAUUCUGUCUUCCACAAAGGAAUCUGAUAAGUGAGAUUUCGAGUAAGUGUUUGCAUAAUCUUCUUCUGUCCGAAGAAAUGAUUCAUCGAAAUAAUGAGUCACCAUUGAUAUUGACACAUCUGAAAAAUGUUCGGGAGUUCCUCUAUGCAAUCCUUUUCCUUCUUCUUGUUGCUGCAUAUCUCGCUUGUACACAUCUUCUCUUUGUUUUCGAGGCCUCUAGUGAGUUACAGACAGAGUUCGAAAAGGUCAAAUCUUUGAUGAUUCCAUCAUCUAUGAUUGAGUUGCGAAAACUUCUGGAUAGGUAUCCUACAUCUGAACCGAAUUCUUUCUGGUUAAAGAAUCUCUUUCUAGUUGCUCUGAAACAAUUAGGAGAUUCUCUAGGUGGCAACAUGCUAUUGGGUGGUGGUCCCGCUUAUAGGGUCAAAUCAAUACGCUCUAAGAAGAAAUAUUUGAAUAUAAAUCUCAUCGAUAUCAUCGAUCUCAUAAGUAUCAUACCAAAUCCCAUCAAUCGAAUCACUUUUUCGAGAAAUACGAGACAUCUAAGUCAUACAAGUAAAGAGAUCUAUUCAUUAUUAAGAAAAAGAAAAAACGUGAACGGGGACUGGAUUGAUGUUAAAAUAGAAUCCUGGGUUGCAAACAGCGAUUCGAUUAAUGAUGAAAAAAUAGAAUUCUUGGUUCAGUUCUCCACCUUAACGACAAAAAAAAUGAUUGAUCAUGAAGGGUAA